GCGCGAUGACGUCAUAGACACCAGUCACGUGCCCGUCUUGCGACGCUCAAUGUCAUCCUACACGCUUAAUUUCGUAAGUUUUUUCUUUUCUUUUCUUUAACUUAUAGCGCAGGUAGUUGAAACAUUUAAAAACUAGCAUGCAGAAGAUUACGCAGAGGACACUUUCAAACUGCUCCCGCCGGCUUCUCUGUCCCGCAACGUUUCAGCAGAAAUGUGGAGCGUCCCUGCAGUUCGGCGCGCGCGCCUAUAGCGUUGUUCCAACGCCUCGCGACAAGGAGGAGAAGGAAAUGGUCCACCGCAUCUUGCGCGUGGACCAUGCUGGGGAAUUUGGUGCGAACCGCAUUUACGCGGGCCAGAUGGCAGUGUUGGGCCGUUCAAAGAUCGGACCUCUCAUCCAGCAAAUGUGGGAUCAAGAAAAGAAGCACUUGGCAAAAUUCAAUGAAAUUCUUUCAGAGAACAGAGUUCGUCCCACAGCACUGCUGCCUUUCUGGAACAUUGCGGGGUUUGUAUUAGGGGCCUCUACUGCGCUGUUGGGAAAGGAAGGAGCUAUGGCCUGCACUGUGGCCGUGGAGGAGAGUAUUUCUGAACACUACAACAGCCAGAUAAGAGUUCUCAUGGAGAAGGACCCAGAGCGGUACACUGAGCUGCUGCAGGUUAUCAAGGAAUUUCGGGACGAUGAGAUGGAGCACCAUGAUACAGGACUGGAGCAUGAUGCUGAAUCGGUGCCUGGUUUUUGGCUUCUUAAAAAUGUUAUACAGCUUGGUUGUAAAGCAGCAAUAAGUAUUUCUGAACGUGUCUAACUACAUUAAAAUAUUUUUAAGAAUUGUAUUUCUUUUUUUUCCUUUGUUAAAUGUAAAAAACAUUUACUUUUUCCUAGUAUUUCACUUUCUUUGAACAUCUUUUGGUUUGUUGACUCCAAUCAAGUCUUUAUUUGUGAAUGUGUGAAUAUUUUCGCUGCAGUUUUCUGAACAUAAAUGUGUCAUUUGUGUGUGGGAUUGUUGAGAGGAGGUGUCAUUAGCCUGUUUCUGCAAGAAAUCAACUUAAUAAACCCACUAAAUUCAAAA